UGCAUAAUUUCGAGUUUCGACAAUCCGAACUGGCUGCCAAAAAACCAAGUAGACAACGAAGCCAGCACAUCCGACAUUGUUGAACCGUAGAUUUGGGCUAAUUUCACAUAGUUUUACGUUAAUUUUUAAUUUUUUACUUUUCGUUCGCGAUCUGCCAAAGAAUGAUCCGAUUCAUACUUCUUCAGAACAGACAAGGCAAGACUCGUCUGGCCAAGUACUACGUUCCUCUCGAGGAUUCAGAGAAGCACAAGGUCGAAUACGAGGUUCAUCGGCUUGUGGUGAACAGAGAUUCCAAGUUCACGAAUUUCGUUGAGUUUCGUACACACAAGGUAAUCUAUAGGCGGUAUGCUGGAUUGUUCUUUUCCCUCUGCGUUGACAUAACAGAUAAUGAAUUGGCUUAUUUGGAGAGCAUCCAUCUAUUUGUGGAGAUAUUGGAUCAUUUUUUCAGCAAUGUGUGCGAGCUAGAUUUGGUGUUCAAUUUCCACAAGGUCUAUUUGAUACUUGAUGAAUUCAUUCUCGCUGGGGAGCUCCAAGAAACAAGCAAAAAGGCAAUCAUAGAGAGAAUGGGAGAACUGGAGAAGCUGGAGUGAACAGUUAUGUUUAGUACAGCAUGUCUGAAUACAUCUUAGAUUCUGAGCAUUACUACUGUCUACUCCCCCAAGCCCUUCCCAUUUUGUGGGUUUUUUUUUCUUUUUUUUUCCCCCUUUAAGUAUUUUAAUUCUGUACUCUACUGUUGCUACUAAUUCUUCCCUCGUAAUAUCUUCAAUUGAAUUUGUCAAUGCUCAUCCUCGACAACCAAAACAAUUGAGGUCUCA